UCAAACGUGAAUGCGAUUAGUGAAACAUGUCCGUCUUUUGUGUUUUUUGACGUAAAUAUUGGCAAAAUUCCUUUUGUGUUUGCAUCUGCGUGGUGAUUUUCGGUGCUAAAUUUGUUUUAUAAUGUGUGUGGUCGUGUUGUGAAUAGUUCAUAUGAGGCUGUUAUACAAAACUGGUCCAAUGGAGUCUCUCAGAAAAUGGUUCUACAAACCAAAGAGGGACGACCGUUCGCUUCUAGCGCAGUUUUUCUUCGCCGAUGACGCACUCAACAUGAUCGCGGCGGAGUUGGAUUCCUUCGACGGUCGAAAAGACCCCGAACGAUGUUCCACUCUCGUCAAUCAAUUACGGCACGCGCAGGACAGAGUUCUCAACAUCACAAGUCAGAUCAUGGACCAAGUGCUGGGCGACGAGAGGGUCGCAAGAGGUUUUCGGGUCAAGUUCCCGGAGGACGUCCUUCAAGAUAAUUUGGCUGGACAAUUGUGGUUUGGUGCAGAGUGCCUGGCAGCAGGUUCGUCGAUAAUGAGCCGCGAGGAAGAAUCGGCUGCGAUGAGACCUCUAGCGAAAGCGUUGACACGCAGCCUGGAGACCGUCAGAUCUCUGUUACGUGAACAGUGCCUGCGACCCCGUGGCCUCGCUCUGCAAGACCAUGAUGAUAUGCUACACGAGAGCCUGAGGAUAUUUGACAGACUGUUCGCCGAGUUCGAACUGUGCUACGUCAGUGCCAUGGUGAAUGUGAAGACGCCACACGAGUUCGAAGCUCAGCAGUUGAUUUGUGUUCUGUUCUCCGAAAGUCUUCGUCGAGCGUUGAAACUCAAUCUACUUACACAAGAACAGGUGGAUUCGUACGACCCAGCCCUAAUGUUCGCUGUACCUCGACUAGCGAUUGUUAGCGGCCUACUUAUCUACUCUACCGGCCCUUUGAGUAUAGACAAACAGCCAGAAGAAAUGUCAGAUAUGUUUCGACCGUUCCGCCAUCUCUUGCACAAGAUCAAGUCUCUUCUCUGGACGUUAGAUAGAAGAGAAUUAAUGGCUUUGGAGAAAUUGCUUUGUUCCAACGAGGAUAUAUCUAAUUUGGCGAAUUUGGACUUAUCACCUGGUGCGCAAGAUUCUCCCGAAGAUUCCUAUUACCCAGACAUAGGCGAGUUCGUUUCAAAGUUUUAUGAGGACCACGCAUCGUGUAGAGAUUUAUACUCGCGUCAAAGCUCUAGCGAACCUACGAUAACAGACGCCGAUUACCUCCCAGGCAAUAUUGAAGUAAUGACACCAAUCAUAGAUGGUCUUAAGCGUCUAACGGGAGACGACGAAUCUGAGAGAGAAUCAGAAAUUGACACCGACGGACAAAUCGAAAGGCAAUCGAUAGACACAACCAGCACAGACACAUUCCAAACAAACGAAAGCAGGGAGUUCGAUAAAACAAGAAAGACCAGUAGAGCGGAAACCGAUAUGUCGUCACUGAGAAAUCUAUCGACAAACGGCCUCAUGAUGUUCGACCCACUCGUCAUCAACGCGGUCUCAGCUUCGACGUCUGGUGAACCAUCGUCGUCGAAUCGACAGAUACCAGAUCAAGAACUGGUCACAUCACUAAACGAGCAAGUUACAGAAAUAGCUGAUCGAUUAUCGUCAAUCGUUAGUGACGUAGAUAUAUUGGAUCACCAAACGCACUCGUUCUCGACCAAUGAUGUGCCUAAAUUGAUAUCGACUGACAGUUCGGAAGACUUUAGUUUCACAGGACCGAGAAAUGACCAAAUGAGCUGUUUGCCCUCUACUAGUCAUGGUUACUUGAUACCAAACGCGAUCAGCCAGGAACCGGUCGUUCUAGCGUCAUUGUCGCAUAAUAAUUCAGCAGUUUUCAAUCAAGAGGAGGAGAAUAAUUUAAAUCGUGUAAUAUUAAGCUCAGACGCUCCGUUAAUAAUGCCAAGUAUUGACGCUGACAUUGUAAAUAUAGAUAUGGCGAUCGCUAGUGUCAGUCUCAGCGUUAUAUUACUAGACGAAGAGUACAACCAAGAAUAUAAGCCUAACUAUGAAAAUGAUAAUAAUGAAUCGGAAAGUAAGAGCUAUUCUGAGAAAAUAUCCGCCGAAAAGGAAGAAAGAGUUAAGUUUAUGCUCGGUUACGAAAGCGAUCAUGAAUCCCCGGUCGAUUCGGGCGUCAGCACAGAGAAUACUAGCCUGGACAGAUCGCCAGACACAGACCAGAAUAAGGACAUCAAAGAGAACCACUUCAUGCAACAGAACAGGGUACUAAAGAGUCCAAUCGAAGAGAGUAUAGAAGAGAAAGAGACCAACACUCUAGAAAGUUCCUUUUCAGAUGUAAGAGAGGACGUUGUAAAUAUAAAUUACGUAGAAGAUGUUACCCAGAAGAACGAAGCCGGCUCGUCUCGUAUAGAAAGUGUAAAUAUUGAUAGGUUAAGCGACGAAGGGUUAAACGAAGCGACGAAUGUAAAUAGUAGUAUACAGAAUUGGGGUGCGAAUAACCCCCAGGAAGAAUUUAGGACGAUAGAAGAUGUUAUUACAGAGUUAAGAAGACAUAGAGAAUCCGAUAAGAAAAUUAGUGCGCUAGUUGAAGACAAUAAAACAAAUGAUGUACCGAAUUGUAGUCAGAGUGCGUCGUCGCGCAGGAAAAGUAGAAAAUCUGACGUGAAAAGUAAAAAGAAGAAAAAAACGUGGUCGGCGCGGAAUGUUAUAUUGAAUAAUCGCUCAAUACAAAGUCAAAAUACUCAGCUGAGAUUGAAUUUAGACCAUUUCGUCGAUGAUAGCGCGCCGACCGAGUGCGCGGACGACGAACAGAUCGCGCUGGCGCUGCAGGCGCAGGAGCUCGCCGCGCGGCAGCACGCGAGGCAGAAGUUCAAAUCGAGCCAAGAUCUCAUUCACCGGCUGUUCGUGUGCAUCGCGGGUGUCGCCGACCAGCUCCAGACGAACUUCGCAGCGGACCUCCGCAACAUACUGAAGGCCGUGUUCCUGUUGAACCAGACCAUAGAACUGCCGGAGACCAAGACGGAGGACACGAUAGAGUAUCAGCCCACCGAGGACCAAGUCAUACAGAACGGUAGUUCCUUUGAUAGCGUUUAUUCAGCGGAAGAAGUAUACGCUGAUAGUAAUUCCGAUUCGACCGCAUCUGAACCGAAUUCACGGCUCGCUCGAAGGAACACGAUGAACGCAACGACAAUCAACGAACAGCAACAGGCAACAACGACUGAGGCGAGGAGGAAGUCUGUUGAUAACAGCAGCAACCUGCAGGCGUCGGUGUCGACAGGAGAUCUCACUUACACCCGCGCGCCGGAGUGGGUGCCCGACAUCGCGGCGCCGGCCUGCAUGCGCUGCCUCGCGCACUUCACCGCCUUCCGCCGGCGGCACCACUGCCGGAACUGCGGCAAAGUGUUCUGCGCGUCAUGCAGUUCGAAUUCUAUCCCUCUACCACGGUACGGACAAAUGAAACCAGUUCGAGUUUGCGAAGAAUGUUUCCAGAGUACCGCCCACGAUAGACAGAGGCAGGCUACAUAUCGGUGAAAAAGUAUAUUAUAUGAAGACGAGCUUUGUUGACAGUUGAAAAUUGUGGAUUCAAUAUUUUUUGUGAGCUAAAUUACUAUUAAACUUAGAGAAAUAUUUGCCUAGAAAUAAAAUAAAAAGACACAUAAACAGUUUAAUUAAUAAAUUUAAGUGAAAUUGGUUACUCCUUAUUUUUGUACGAAGUUGUAUUUAUUUAUUUCAAAAGUAACUUCGUAUUGUUAAAAAAUAUUAAUAAAAAUUUUUAUAAAGCAAAAUAAAUAAAUAUAAAUUAAAGAAACCUAUUUUUAAUGCAAUCUAUUAUUUUUUUAAAUAAAAUACUGUUAAAAAUAUAUUGUAAAAAGUUCUUUGCCUGCAGCAAACCAUCAUAACGAAAUAUGGUAAAAAAAAGUUCUAUUUCACUGUAACAAGGCUUGUUUUGAUUGAAGCAUUUUAAAUUUUCGAUUUUUCACCCAAAAUAAAAAAAAAACAAUAUCAAAGAAAAAAGAAGUUUUAAUAUUUGUUCGAUAGUUAUCAUUUUGCCAUAUUUUAUGAUAAUUUUAUUAACAAAAGACGCGAUGUUUGAUACAGCCAAACGGAUGGUCUGUUUUAUUUGAUAAGAAAAAUGCGCUCAUAUUUCUUCCAUUUUCGAUUGUUUUUUUUCCAAAUAUGAAUUACAUUGUGAUAUUGGAUAUUUAUUCCAGAACCUUAUACUAACCGUAUUGACUAGCCGUUGUAUUGUUACAAGGAUAUUUUCCAUAUUGACUGAUGUUUCGAUUAAUCAAAUUUUGUAUAGGUUUUCAGUUUUGAUGAGCUCUCUAAUAUAUCGAUAACACGUCGAUCAUAUCAGCGAAUGUAAUAAUUAUUUAAAUAUUUAAAUAAUUAUAUAAUAAUUAAAUAAUUAUAUUAUAAUUAUUUAUAUAAUUAUUUAAAUAAAAUAAAAUUAUACAUUUUAUAUUAAAGCAAAUAUUUUAUCUAUAUUAAUUUUUAAAUGAAUAGAAGCUCGAUCGAUGUUGCUAUGUUUAAAAUAAUUGUAUCGAUUUAAAUAUACUGAAUUAAAUAAAAUUGGCUUUUAAAUUUGCAAUAAUUAUGUUAAAAAAAAUAAUAACAAUAACAAGCUUUUAUUUAAUCCAUGUACUAAAACUUAUACCAGCACAAAAGUUUGGGCUAAUCAACUCAAUCGGUUGAGAGGAACUGGUUUUUGAAAACUCCAAUUUGGUUCCAAUAUUUGAUCCACUAUACUAACGCUAAUUAUGAAGUUAAAUAAAAGCUUGUAAUAUUGUGUCAUAAAUACCCACCCAUAGACAAUUUUGUUGGCUUAAUGUAAGGACUCAUUAAAUGAAAAAAAAAAACAAUAAGUGCGUUAAAAUCUUAACAAAAACAAGGCAAAAGUAUUAUUAUUCUAAGAAAUGAAUACCUACUAUAAAAAAAAAAAUUAUAGCAGUAUAUUAAACUUAAAUGUGAACUAGGAGUGUUUUUUAUAUUAAUGAGUUUUUGCAAUACGCCAAUAAUUUAUAUAUAUCAUGUCAAUUCCAUUUAAUACAUAAGGUUGUCUAUGCCUGCCUUAUAUACAGAUUUUAUUCAGCAAAAAUAUUGUUUUAAUAUUUUAUUAAGAAAUUAGGUGUAACACACAUCAGAAAGAAAUCAAAACUGAAAUAAAUAUAUUAUUAAGUAGACGCGUUCAAAUAGAUAAAAUAUUUUUAAGAAUUUUAACUAAGAUCAUAGCAUCAUAGAUGAAGCAGGCCAUAGAUCAAGCAGGCGUGCUCUAUGGUCUGUUUGUUUUUAAAAAAAGUAUGUUAAAAUGAUCUUUAUAUUUUCUAACAUUGAAAUAUGCCAUAGAUAAUAAUAUUACAGACUAAUCGAGGCAAACUACUAUAAGACGUUAUCUAUUGCAAUCAUUUUCUAAUAGUAUGAUGUCUCCGAUAUCUGUUUUAAAUAUGAAUAAGAUAAUAAUAAUUAAAAUAAAAAUAAAAAAAAUAUUCCAUAACUUUUUAUAUCCAACGGUGUUAGUAAAUAGGAUUUAAGUGUAAUUUUAAAAUUGUAUGUAAAUUUUGUAAAGGUUUGAGUGUUAAUAAAUUUUUAACUAACCACACAGUUUGAAUACUGGAGCUGUCCCAUAGCUUUUUGUAUGUUAUAUAAGACGCUAAUUCGAUAUUCGCGAGACCACAAAACGUGUAAGUGAUAUAAUGAUACUGUUAUAUAUUUUAAUCGUGUAAAAUAAAUGUCAGAUUUAUUAUUAGAU